GGGGCGGGGAUCGGGAGGGGACACCGGGAGGGGACACCGGGGAGGAGCGGGGGGACAUCGUGGGGACCGGGCCGGGAGGAGGCGGCGGCGGGGACUGGAGGGAACGGGGGCACCGGGGGAACCGAGCAGUUUGGAGGGAACCGGGGGAGUUCGGUGGGGACAAACCCGGGGGUCCCGCUGUGCGCGGCACAGGCCCCUCCCAACCCCCGCGCACCGGGCUGUGUCCCGGGCUGUCCCCGCCGCCGGGGUCUCGCGGCUCCGCUCUCACACCUCCCUGCUGCCGCUGCACCCCCACUCCCCCGUGUGCCCCCCCCCGGCUCUUCCCGGUCUCCUCCGUGCCCUCCCGUGUUCCCCCCCGGUGCCUCCCGCCCCUCGGUUCCGCCCAUCCCGGUGUCCCCGCCUCCGGUGUCCCCGCCCCCGCCGCGGCGGGCAGGACCGUACGGGCUGCGGGCUGGCACCGGGCCCGCCCAGCACCGGACCGGCACCGGCACCGGCACCGGCAUCAGAGCCGACCCCGGCCCAUGGCGGCUGCGGCAGCGGCCACCGCAGGCAGCCGGUGAAGCCAGGCCGGAGCGGGCGGCGUGGCCGGUGACACGGCCGGUGGCACGGCGGGACCAUGCAGGCGGAGGCCAGAGGGGAAUUCUGCAGCCGGGAUCAGCGCCCUGAGCUUGGCAAGGAGCCACUGGUCCCGGAGCGCCCUGCGGGGACCCCCACCCAUGGGCCGGCCCAGGAGACCCCCCGAGUCCCUGUGGAGGAGCAGGGUGGCAUCCCCAUCCCCAGCGCUGGCCUGCUGCAGGUCACCGAGCGCCGACAGCCCCUGAGCAGCGUGUCCUCGCUGGAGGUGCACUUCGACCUGCUGGACCUGACAGAGCUGACGGAUAUGUCGGACCAGGAGCUGGCCGAGGUCUUCGCCGAUUCCGACGAGGAGAACGUGUCCGGAGAGAUGCCCGGCGGUGAGCGGGGGUCCGGGGCUGCCGGUCCCGGUCCCGGUCUGUCCGCCCGUUCCAGCGCGUCGCUGACCGCCCACCCGCCCGUGCGUCCCGCAGGGCUGCAGCCGCCGGCGGCGCCGCGGGCCGGGUACCUGCGCUCGCCCUCCUGGACCCGGGCGCGGGAGCAGGGCCGGGACAAGAAGCACCUGAGUGACCCCGAGCUGCCACCGGGACCGCCGGACGCCUUCCUGCCCGCCGAGCGCCCGCGGGAGCCCUAGGGACAAAACCCGCCGGGGGACACCGGGAUACGCUGGUGCUGGUCCCGUCGGUACCGAUGGAGCCCGUCCCUGGGCACAGGACUCCCGUACGCCCGCCCGGAGGGCAGCGGCGGCCCCGGCCCCGCGGCGGGGAGGCACCGGGACUGCCCUCAGCCGGUGACCCGCGGCUCCGGGAUGAACCGGGCCGGCCCCGCCGGGCCCCGGGAGCGGCGGGUGGGGCAGGACGGGACGGGUCGCACGGCUCAGCCCGACCCCACGGAGAGCGGCCGGUGCCGGUGCCCGCCCGGUUCUGAUGUAGCAGUGCUGUGAUCCGGUAAAACCGACCGACCGACCGACCGCCAGCUUCUGCCCGUCUGCGCUGCCGCGGAGGGGAGCGGGAGGGGCUGGGGGACCAACCCUGGAAACACC